UCGUAGCAAGUCUAAUCAUCCUACAUUUGUCUGGGGCAACCAAAAAAGGAACAGAAAAGCAGACUACUGCCGAAGGACAGAAACCAGUGCAGUGUGGAACUUGGACAAAAUAUGCAGAAGGAGGCAUCUUCACUUCUCCCAAUUAUCCCAACAAGUAUCCUCCUGACAGAGAGUGUGUCUACAUUAUAGAAGCUGCCCCUAGACAGUGCAUUGAACUACACUUUGAUGAAAAAUAUUCCAUAGAGCCUUCUUGGGAAUGUAAAUUUGACCACAUUGAAGUACGAGAUGGACCUUUUGGCUUUUCUCCAAUCAUUGGACGUUUCUGUGGACAGCAAAAUCCACCUAUGAUAAAAUCCAGUGGCAGAUUUCUGUGGAUUAAAUUUUUUGCUGAUGGUGAGCUGGAAUCUAUGGGGUUUUCUGCUCGAUAUAAUUUUACACCUGAUCCAGAUUUUAAGGACCUUGGAGUUCUGAAACCAUUGCCAGGAUUCAUUUUUCUGGUAUUUUGUUAUUUAGUUUGUGAGUUUGAAAUGGGAGGACCUGAAGGAAUUGUGGAAUCUGUACAAAUUGUCAAAGAAGGAAAAGCUUCUGAAACUGAAGCAGUAGACUGUAAAUGGUACAUCCGAGCACCACCCCGAUCCAAGAUAUAUUUGCGAUUCUUGGACUAUGAGAUGCAGAAUUCCAAUGAAUGCAAAAGAAAUUUUGUAGCUGUCUAUGAUGGAAGCAGCUCCGUGGAGGAUUUAAAAGCAAAGUUUUGCAGCACUGUUGCAAAUGAUGUAAUGCUGCGGACAGGUCUCGGAGUAAUCCGUAUGUGGGCAGAUGAAGGCAGUCGAAGCAGCCGAUUCCAGAUGCUCUUCACAUCUUUCCAAGAACAGUAUACUCCAAAGGAUGUUCCUGAACAAGCGGUGUGAACCAACACUACAGUGUUUAUUCCAUGUAUUUUUUUAUACUGUGCAGUAAUUUGUAGUAACACAGUAGGUAGAACACAGGAUUCAGAGUCAGGAAGGCAAGUACAGCUCGUCACUAUAACCACAACUUUUUCUUGACUCCCAAUCUACUGGGCCACUCUCAUUUUUCUCUUACACAACUUCAAAACGGUAGAACUCUGAAGGUUUUUAUCAAGUUUCAUCUUUUUUAUGAAUUUGAUUUUGUAGAUCUUACAAUGAUGGUACUUGAAAAACACCUUAUUUUUUCUUAUAAUAGACAAUGGCUAUGUUUGUUCAUAUACCAUAAUUUCAGCAAACAUGUAUUGGAUAGUGUUAAGCAAAUAAUGCAGGAUUUGGUGAUAUUAAUCUUUGUGUAGCUUUCAUUCUUACAUCUAUAUGAUUUCUGGGCUCAGCUAAGAGGAAAAGCAGCCUGUGAAAGAAACAAAAGGUACUUCUUGCCAGUUUGAAAAACACAAAACCCAAUAAUCCCAUUCACUGUAAAUGAUUAAUUUGGUUAAUCACCUGUGAAAGAUAUUGCUUUGUUUUCUUUAAUGUAAAAAUGCACAUAUGGUCCCUAGAGGAAGGAGAGCAUGUAUUUAUUUUCUUGUGCUGAUUCAUGUUUUUUUUAAACUUAUGUUUCGGCUUGUGCUUCACAUUUUUCACAGGAAGAUUUCUAUGUGACUGUCAGUGACUGAAAUGAAGGUGCAAUCCUACCAAGCAUAUCCUUCAUCUGUAUUCUGUGCGUGUGUACCGCACAAUGAGAUUGUUGAGAGCGGCCUCCGUAAUUCUUUAAUUAUGGCUCUGAUUAAAAAUUUCUGACAGUUUACAUGCUUGAAACUGCAUAUGCAAUUGUACUUGCAUGCUGCAGACUUAGGGUAGAUUAUAUUUUUUGUAUCUAAAUCAGUCUAGGCUCUAAAAGUCACUGAGAGCCCUCAGUUGAGAUGACACUGCCCUUUUCUCAUUUCAGCAACUGGAGAUGUCUUGAAUAUUCAAGAUCUGAUUCAUUAUUUUUUUUUCACAAGACAUCCCGAUCUGUUACCUUAGAAACAACUGCAUAGACAUUGGAGAUUCACGGCAUAAAAAGAAGUAAAGAGUGAAGCACUGUGAUGACUAACUUGAGAUGAGGGUUUGAAUAAGUGUGGGUUUGCAAGAUUUCCACAUUUUAAAGGAGAAUAAGGAAAGAUUUUGUUUGCUUUUAUUUUUGUUUUUGUUUAUUUUUCCUCCAGUAACAUUCCUAAUACUACAUAUUAUAGACUCCUCUGUUCUUUUAAACAGCUGAUGUUUUAUAAUGCAUGGUAUUCUGACUGGGAGGUUGAAAAUAAUAACAUGAUGUGCAUUCCAUAAUUUUAUUCUGAACAGGUGUUGCAGACUAAAGGCUGAAAAUUUAUAAAGGUCUAAAUUGUGCUUUGAGAUAUGUGUACACUGCCUGAUCAUAAAUAUUAGAAGAAACUGCAUCUGUGUUUUUAAUGCUGGAAACUGACAUAAAAGAUAUAAAGGUGAAACUGACUGUACUGUUUGUGCCAUGUCAGUUAUGCGUAGAGCUGCCCCAUACUGCUGUUUGGUACUGACUGUGCGAAUUCUGGUCAAGCAGAUGCCCAGUCUGUGCAUGGUGUGAUACAACACAUAGUGUGCAAGCUGCUCAGUCUUUCAUAGUGUGUGGAAAUAAUUAGAUCAUCUGCAUGGAAGAGGAGGACUGUCAGAUAUCAUUCAGAAAGAUGAGUAUCAGGAAACAGACACCUGUGUCUCUAUGAACAAAAAAAAGAGGAAAAAAAGCUUUUUGUUCACUUCGAGCUGGGGAAAAAAAAGGAAAAUAGAGGAUGACAUUUUUGUUGUGGUUAAUGUGCAUGUGAAAGAGUGACAAAGUGUUUUACUGACUGUUGUUGUGGGAAUGACCAAGUGAUGCUGUUAUAUGUUGCUCCUCGAGUUCUCCUAUGUGUGGAGUUACUGUCUGUAGAAUUAAGCUGUUGAGACUGAGCUCUCUGUUACACAAGGCUCCAUGAGCUGGAAGUGGUUUUUUUUUUUGUUGUUUUUUUUGUUUGUUUGUUUUUGGUUUUGGUUUUUUUUUUUUGGUGGAAUCAGACCACUUGGCCUGAUGAAUCUUCUCUUUCUAAGUCUGUUCAUUGUUAAUUCUUGUUACAGCACUGUUUCUGGGAACUUGACGUUUGUGUAGAAAGAAGGAAUCUUAAAGAGAUUUCUUAUACUAUUAUCUUCAUACUAUUUGGUCGGUGUGCUCCAAUUAUAUUUGAAAUAUAUACAAGUCUGCUUUUUUUGACUUCUGAAAAGUGGUCUUACAAGUU